AUAAUAACAUUCUUGCUGCAUGAAACAAUGGCAACUGAGGCUGAUAUACCAGAAGGUCCAGAACCCAUAUCUGUAACGGUACCAACAACAAUAUUGGGUGCAAUCUUAAUGGAUAAAUCAGGAAGAAGGCCUCUUAUGAUUGUGUCUGCGACAGAAACUCUUCCUUGGAUGCUCACUUGCUGGACUCUCUUUCUAUCUUAAGAACAUAAAAGAGGAAACGAAUGAGUUGAACUGCAGCCACUUGGACACAAUGGUCUCUAAAGCUUAUUCCCCGGGAGAACUGCAGAAAAUUGGGAAUGAACAUUGCUUACUUACUUCUGAAACUGUUGAAAAAUCCGUGAACACGGAGGAUAAAGAUGAAGUAUCUCAGAAUUUCAAUGACAACAUCAAUAAUCACAUUCUUGAAGGUAAAAUUGAAAGCACUGAGGGUGAAACUUCUUUCAAAUCAGCAGCAGUAGCAAAUGGUGCCUCGGAUCAAAAUAUAGAAGGGUCAGAAAUUUGUGAAGAUAGAGAAAAAUUGGCUUUGGUACAAAAAGAGGAUGUAAAAGAGACACAUGAUAUAACAUCAAUGAAUAACAUUGUUGCGUUCGAUAAACAUGAUACAUCCAUGACCUUGGAGAAUGCAAAGUUUGAAAAAGAGGAGGAGAUCGCACAUUCAUUCAAAUUACCAUCAGAAGUUGAUACUACAGAUAUAUGCCCUGCAGAAAAUUAUAUGUCUAUGCCUAAUAUUACAUCCACUUCCCUAGACCAGAGUGUACAAGAAGAAAAAAUUGAAGUCAGAGAAGACGAAAUAAUCAAGGAAGAGGAGAAACAAACAAGUGAAGAGAUAUCUGAUGAUAGAAGGACUCUCGUGGAAGAAACAGACAAAGAAGAAAUUUGGCAGCACCAACAUGUUGAAAGUUCCACAGCAGAAGCUUAUGAACAAACGUCCACAGCAACAGAGGAAGUCGCGACUGUUUCACAGAAGGAUGAGACUGAAAGCAAGACUGAAGUUCCAUCUUUUGAACUUAGAGAACAGGUUGGUCAAACAGUAGAAACAACUCCGGACCACAGUGUGUUGGUUAAACUUCAACAUAGAAGUCACUAACAAGCUGGUUAGGACAAGAUUAGGAAAUUGAUGUAAUCCUAAGGGAAUUAGAAGUCAUCUAGU